AGUGGCGACUUCGAACGAACCGAUCAGAGUGGCGGUCGGUCGGCCCCGAGAGGAGUCUCUUCGCGACGACUGGCAACAGCGGGGUGUGGUGGUGGGUCAGUCCCGGGGGGGAAGACGACGACCACUGCCGUGAUGCGACCGACAAUUCAUUGCCUUCGCCGUGCCGGGCAGCUGUUUACCCUGACAGCAGCUGCUCGAGGCCAUCCAUCUAUCGCGUAGUGAGUGGACGAUCAGUCCGCCCCCUGUUGUUGGACGAGACGAGUAGGAGGAGGAGGGGGAGAGAGAGGAGGAGGGGGGAGAGAGAGAGAGGGAGGAGACGGCGAGUUACUGCUGCUGCCGCUGCUGCCAUGGCGGGCGUGGGGGGAGACACUGCGUGCAGGACUGCACAGGCCGCCGGGGUCCGCUCGCCACGACCCCGCGACGAACCGGGGUCUCCGAGCUCGGAGGAGGAGAGACUUUGGGAUGGUCAGCGCGACCCCAGCGGUGGCCACCGGGAGGAGGACGAGGGCGUGGACCCACGCGUGCAGAUCGAGUUGGAAAAACUGAACCAGUCGACUGACGCCAUCAACCGCCUCGAAACGGAACUCGAGGAGGCUCGCAGCCGGUUCCGGGUGGUGUUGGCAGAGGCGACGGCCAAGCUGGACGAGUUUCUCAAGAAGCUCGGGAAGUCUGUGGAGGAGUCCAAGCCGUACUGGGAGGCGAGGCGAGCGGCGCGGCAGGCACAAGUUUUGGCGCAGAAGGCAACUCAGGAUUUCCAGCGUGCGAGCGAGGUCCUGCGAGCGGCCAAGGAGACGAUCGCGCUGGCAGAGGAGCGGCUGUUGGAGCAGGAAGAUCGUCACUUCGACUCAGCCUGGCAGGAAAUGCUGAACCACGCCACUCUCAAGGUAGCAGCGGGGGUGGAAAAGGAAACGGCGGAACAGAUGCGGUGGAAUAGAUGUGUCAAAUGUUUUGUUUUAUCGCCAAGGGAACUAUAUUUCUUUACUAUUGUUUUAAUGUUACCAGGGUAAGGCCCCACUGAGCUACGUAGCCCUAUUUCAAAAGUGACCUGGCCAUUGGAAAUGAUAGUGGCUUAUUAUCACGUGGAAAUUUAGAGCAGCAGCCAAAUACUGU